AGAGUGACCAUCAUUCCUGUAACUAUUGUUCCUCUUUUCUCAGCGCUGGGGUGGACGCUCCCUUCUCUCCACCUUUCGAGACGCACUUGGCCUUUUGAUGGAGUCAGCAGCUGCUGGGUGAGAAGCCAGAGACUGGAAAGCGUUCCUCCCUUCAGGAGAGAGGAGUCACCGCGGACAUCCCUUCUGGAUUGGCAGGGGUGCUUUUCCUCCUUUAGCCGUCCACUCGAAGAAAGAAGAUGCCACUGCCAUUUGGAUUGAAAUUGAAACGCACCCGGCGCUACACGGUAUCCAGCAAGAGUUGCCUGGUUGCUCGGAUCCAGCUGCUCAACAAUGAGUUCGUGGAAUUCACACUGUCUGUGGAGAGCACUGGUCAGGAGAGCCUCGAGGCUGUGGCCCAAAGGCUAGAGCUGCGGGAGGUCACUUACUUCAGCCUCUGGUACUACAACAAGCAAAACCAGCGCCGCUGGGUAGAUUUAGAAAAACCUCUCAAGAAGCAGCUGGAUAAACACGCGCUGGAACCUACCAUCUAUUUUGGAGUGGUGUUUUAUGUGCCUUCAGUGUCACAGCUGCAGCAGGAGAUUACCAGGUAUCAGUAUUAUCUGCAGCUGAAGAAAGAUAUCUUGGAAGGAAACAUUCCUUGUACUUUAGAACAAGCAAUUCAGCUAGCAGGCUUAGCUGUUCAAGCUGAUUUCGGGGACUUUGAUCAGUAUGAAUCCCAGGACUUUCUUCAGAAAUUUGCCUUAUUUCCUGUGGGGUGGCUGCAAGAUGAAAAAGUGUUGGAAGAAGCAACCCAAAAGGUGGCCUUGCUACAUCAAAAAUACAGAGGGCUCACAGCUCCUGAUGCUGAAACGCUGUACAUGCAGGAGGUAGAAAGAAUGGACGGUUAUGGAGAAGAGAGCUACCCUGCAAAGGACAGCCAAGGAAGCGACAUAUCCAUUGGAGCAUGUCUCGAGGGUAUCUUUGUGAAACACAAGAAUGGAAGGCCUCCUGUGAUAUUUAGGUGGCACGAUAUUGCUAACAUGUCCCACAACAAGUCCUUUUUUGCAUUAGAGCUGGCUAACAAAGAGGAGACCAUCCAGUUUCAAACUGAAGACAUGGAAACAGCAAAGUAUGUUUGGAGACUCUGUGUUGCACGACACAAAUUUUACAGAUUGAACCAGUGUAACCUGCAAACUCAGACUGUCACAGUGAACCCAAUCAGGAGGAGGUCAUCCUCGAGGAUGUCUCUGCCUAAACCCCAGCCCUAUGUGAUGCCUCCCCCACCCCAGCUGCAUUAUAAUGGACACUAUACAGAGCCAUAUGCUUCUUCCCAAGAUAACAUCUUUGUGCCCAACCACAACGGAUAUUAUUGUCACUCCCAGACAAGCUUGGACAGAGCCCAGAUGGACGUCAGUGGUCGAAUCCGCAAUGGCAGCGUCUACAGCGCACACAGCACCAACUCCCUGAACAACCCUCAGACCUACCUGCAGCCCUCCCCCAUGUCCUCCAACCCGAGCAUAACCGGAAGUGACGUCACGAGACCCGACUACAUCCCAUCGCAGCGUCACAGCGCCCUGAUACCUCCUUCUUACCGCCCCACCCCAGACUACGAGACUGUGAUGAAGCAGCUCAACAGGGGCAUGGCGCACGCGGAGAGGCAGAGCCACUCGCUGAGAAACCUCAACAUUGGCAACUCCUACGCAUACAGCAGGCCCGACGCCCUGGUCUACAGCCAGCCUGAGAUCCGGGAGCACGCGCACUUCGCCUCCCCGCAGUCUGCUCACUACGCGUUCAAUCUGAACUGCAGUUUCCACGGCCAGUCGCCCUACCCCUACCCUGCAGAGAGGCGGCCGGUGGUGGGCGCAGUGAGCGUGCCCGAGCUGACCAACGUGCAGCUCCAGGCCCAGGAUUACCCGGCUCCCAACAUCAUGCGCACCCAGGUGUACCGCCCGCCGCCGCCGUACCCCUACCCGAGGCCGGCCAACAGCACCCCGGACCUGUCCCGUCACCUGUACAUCAGCAGCAGCAACCCCGACCUGAUCACGCGGCGCGUGCACCACUCGGUGCAGACCUUCCAGGAGGACAGCCUGCCGGUGGCUCACUCGCUGCAGGAGGUCAGCGAGCCCCUCACUGCGGCGCGCCACGCCCAGCUGCAGAAGCGCAACAGCAUCGAGCUGGCUGGGCUCACGCACCCUGACUGUGGCGGGAGGUACAACCAUAAGAAAUCUCUUUCGAACGCGACCAUGCUGAUCCACAGCAGCGAGGAGGAGGAGGAGGAAGAGGAGUUCGAAGAGGACCCCAAAGCACCAGCCGCGCUCGCUACCCGACCCGAGCCCCGGCCGCUGGCCACCUACGCCCCAGAGCUGCCACGGAGCCACCUCUGUGCCAUGGCCUCGGGCCCCGGACCUUUGCAUAUUCUCGAGCCCAAGGCCCACAUCCCCGAGGCAGAGAAGAGGGCGAGGGACGUGAGCCCUGUCCUCAUGUUUGUGGGAGCACAGCGUCCCCGAAGAGAAGGGCUGCUGACACUCUCCAUGUCCGAGUCCGACCUCACCACAUCGGGGCGAUACCGGGCCAGGAGGAACUCUUUGAAGAAAAGGCCGGUGUCAGAUCUGCUCUCCGGAAAGAAGAACAUCGUGGAAGGACUCCCGCCUCUGGGGGGAAUGAAAAAGACGCGAGUGGAUGCCAAAAAAGUUGGUCCUCUUAAGUUGGCCGCUCUCAAUGGACUCUCCCUGUCUCGACUGCCUCUGCCGGAUGAAGGAAAGGAAGUGUCCAGCAGAGCGACGAAUGAUGAAAGGUGUAAAAUGCUGGAACAGCGGUUAGAACAGGGAAUGGUAUUCACAGAAUAUGAAAGAAUUCCUAAAAAACGGCUAGUUGAUGGGGUAUGCUCAACAGCCCGACUCCCUGAAAAUGCAGAAAGAAAUAGAUUCCAAGACGUCCUUCCCUAUGACGAUGUGAGAGUGGAGUUGGUUCCUACGAAGGAAAACAAUACUGGUUAUAUCAACGCCUCACAUAUUAAGGUCUCUGUCGGUGGAAUUGAAUGGGAUUAUAUUGCCACACAGGGACCGUUACAAAAUACCUGUCGGGAUUUCUGGCAGAUGGUGUGGGAACAGGGAAUUGCGAUCAUAGCCAUGGUGACAGCAGAAGAGGAGGGUGGAAGGGAGAAGAGCUUUAGGUAUUGGCCACGACUUGGUUCCAGGCACAACACCGUCACCUAUGGGAGGUUUAAGAUCACAACCCGGUUCCGCACGGACUCUGGCUGCUAUGCCACCACAGGCUUGAAGAUGAAGCAUCUUCUCACGGGGCAGGAGAGGACAGUUUGGCAUCUGCAGUACACAGACUGGCCUGAGCAUGGCUGUCCUGAAGACCUCAAGGGAUUUUUAUCAUACCUUGAAGAGAUCCAGUCUGUUCGACGCCAUACUAAUAGUACAAGUGAACCCAAAAGCCUCAACCCUCCACUGUUGGUCCACUGCAGCGCUGGGGUAGGAAGAACUGGCGUCGUCAUUCUGUCAGAGAUCAUGAUUGCCUGUCUGGAACAUAAUGAGAUGCUGGACAUCCCGAGAGUGCUGGACAUGCUCAGGCAACAGAGAAUGAUGCUGGUACAGACGCUCUGCCAGUACACGUUUGUGUACAAAGUGCUCAUUCAGUUCCUGAAAAGCUCCAGGCUCAUCUGAGCUGUCACACCUUCUUACGGGGACCCAAUCAUACAAAGCAUUAACAGCUUAAAAAAAAAAAAAAGUGCUUGCUUAACUCAUACUUUCUCCUUGAAAGAUCAUACUUGAUCACACUAGAAAUCCAUCAGGACAGGGAUGGUGCAGUAUGAGUAGCGGUGCACUAGAGGAAAUAUGCAAAGCACAAGGCUGAAGAGGGGAUCUGGGACCUGGGACAGGUGCUGAAGGAGGAGGACUCGGUUUCCAGGCCAUUGUCCUGCUUGGGUCUGUCUCAUUUGCAGCGCUUGCACACAUUUUGGAGAUUGUGUUUUCUAGACAAUUCUGUAUUACUGAAGCUAUGCUGGACACUUCUGGCGAUCAUUAAGACUUACAGAUUUCUAUCUUAAGCUAGUUUUUGAUGAUGGAAUUUUAUGUUAUGACUGAAAUAGGGGUUUUCUUAGUGACAAACUGAACUUUCUAUGGGGGUGAUCCACAGACUGAGUGGUUUGUGUGUAUAACAUGUUUAAAACCAUGUUAUUAUCUUUUGUUAUUUUUUUUAAACCGUGGGUACUUACUGGUUUAGUUUUUAAGCUCAAACUAUAAAGAGAAUCUGAAAGUGUUAUUUUGAAACAUAGAAAGCAUUUUUAUAUUCAGAAAAUUUUUUAUCCUAAAAAGUCUAUAUAUUUGUACCUUCUGUAUUUUCCAAACAGGGCUCAACUUACGAAGAUACUGAAAUGAGUCAAUGUAAAUAAAAGUUGGGAAUGAAGGCACAUGGUUUAAAUGCAAGAAUAUCAGAUUCACUAUUUUUUCAGUAUUAUUCAUAGGCCUAAAUGAGUUUGAUUUUAUUAAAAAUGAAGUGAAAAACAAUUACAUAGGAUGGUGAUAAGCACUUUUUCUGUUAAAGACAAAAUCUGAGUUUUAGUAUAUGUUUUUGUUUUAUUUGAGACAAGAACCAUGGAAAUUGUUUCAGGCGUGUUUUGUAGAGGAGGAUGAAGAGUAUGUGGGAUGAUGAGGACGAGAGUAGGUGGCAUGCGAUGGUAAAGCAGGGGCCUUUGUCGUUACAGAAAUGCAGUAUUAUCGUUGCUCAGACUGAGAGGCAAGAAUGGAGAGGGGCUGAGAGUACGGGGCUCAUCCCAGGGCGUUCACGGCCUGCCACUGUUGAUUAUGGUUUCCCUGGGAUUCUUCCUCUGAAUCCUGCAUUAUUUUUCCCCCCACAAAUGGAGGUUUAUAUUAUCAUUCAAAGAAGCCUCCAAGAUGCUUCAUUUUAUUUUGAUUGAAACAAGGGAAUAGUAAAUAGCUUCAACUCUUCUCCCAAAUCCACAGCCCAAAUUUGUGGGGCCACCGGAAAUUGCUGUGGUAUUAGGCGGUGACUGAAGUUUACCUCCUUCAUCCUCUGGCUUCUGCCCUGGGAUCAGUUUUAAGUAGUUCUACUCCUCUCCCCCAUCCCACUGAGGCACAGCUGAUGAGACAGUAGACUGAGGUGAACGGGAGAGUGUGGUUGUCUUUGGCCAGGCUCAGGUGGCCUCAUUCACACCUCUGUUGAGUCGGCAAGCGGGGACUGGCACAGGUAGCUCAGGAGCCAUCUCCCUCUACUCAGUUCUGAGGCUGAUUCCCCACAACGGAGAGCUUCUACAGUGUCGAUUCUAGGGUUAUUUCCCCAAAUUACAAUAUUCUAAAUAUUUUUCUCAUUCCCAUUUCCUUCCUAAAGCAGUGAAACUCACUGUUGUAACAGCUAAAUACAUGUAUGUCCUCAGCCAUGAGAUGGGAUUUCCUGCGUGUAGGUUGGGCCAGCCUAGCUCCCCCCAGAAACCAGCCACUUUGGGGGAAAAUUCAGGUAAUUCUAAUGAAAGGCAGUACUAAAAGUGGACAUACGUCUCACUUGAGAACAAGAUACCAAUUUUAAAACUUUUGGUGAAAGAGUAAUAGACUCAGGUGAAAAUAUUCUGAAAAAGUCCCCAGAAGAAAUGGAGUAAGAGGUUUGUAAAAUACGAAUAUUUUUCAUCUCCACAUCAUUUAAAGGACAGGAUUUUUUCUGAAGCUUUUUGUUUUCCAACAGUACAUUUUUGGAAAAUGCCUAUCAGGAUUGCUUCUCGGCCUUUUGGCUAAGAUCAAGUGUAAAAAUGCCUAUCAGGGUUACAUUUUGAAGUGACCAUUUACAAGCAGACAUCUAAUUAAAGAGUAAUAUAUGGUGUAUUUGUGUUCCUGUUGUGAUAAUUUGAUAAGUAAAUUGUUAAGAGGGCAAAAUUAUACUGUUUAAAUCUGUGGCUCUUAAAAUGUCACAUUUGACAUCACUUCUAAGUAUCAUGUAAUUUUAGACUUCUAACUGCAGUUAGUGAAUAAGAAAGAAUUUCUAAGUAAAAAUAAAUCUACACUAUUGGACUUUGAAAUAAUGUGAUUUGCAAGAGCAAAUUAUGUAAAACGUUGAUUGAGGUCCCAUAGGUUUACUGUCUGAAUUGAGGACGUUUCUACAUGCCAGCCUUAUACAAUGCUUUCUUAGCAUCUUUAGUUCCUUAAUAUUAAUUUCAUAUCAGAAUUACCAAAGUGUACACUUCCAUAAUGAUUAGGUUACAAACCAGUGUUUCUGCUGGUCAACUCUGGUGUCUCUUGUAUCAGUUUUUCUGAUUAGUGGGAUCCUUUCUUGAAAUUUUUUAGUUGACAGUUUUGGGCAUAGAAAAUGAUCAUUUGAAAACACGAUCUGGGGUGUUAAUUAUAGUCAUUAUUAAUUUUCUUCUGGAACAUCUACUGUGACAUAUUCAGGAAGCUGUAGAAUUUAGUGUUUAAAAAAAUCUCUUGGCAGGA